ACAAAUAAUUUAAAAAUGUGUAGGCGAAGUAAUAAUAUAAAUUCACAGCUUGUAGGGUUCAUUGUAAGUCGACCUAGCUGCAUUCGUUUGUAUGUUUCUUUAUCAGUGUAAUUCGUUUCAGUUGUUGUUACACACACACAAACAUACACAGUCUCCGACAAAGCAGAAAUGUCAAUUUUAUCAUUUUGGUUUGCAAUUUCUGUGAAUUCUAUAAAGCAAAGCGAAUUAUUUAGUAAUAAAUCAAGCAACGUUUUGAGAUAAAGUAAUGGAGCGUACAAAUAUGUGCUAAAUUUUCUAAUAUAUCUUAAAUAAAUAAAUUUGCCAAGAAAUAACUACAUAUACCUAAUUUUGGAAAGAAUACAAUAUUAAGUGCAAUGGGACAAGUUCAAUCAAUUAGCGACAGCACCAUUCCAGACACAGUAGACGCCGUUCAUAUGCAAGUUAUUCGCCAUGCCAAAGUACUCUCGGAAAUAAACUCUCUAAGUUAUGAAGAUUUUAAAGCAUGCCUGGAUAGCUUAAACGAGCUAUCCCGAAAAUGUAUUGAUCCAAAUGGUAAGCAGCUGGUAUUCCUUAUCAAACGCGGUACAGACACAUCUUUGUUGUGGAAAGCAAUGGUCAAAAUUGCUUGCAUAAAAGUAGAUCCUACUACGAGGAAAAUUGAAAGCUAUAAAUUUCUUAAUCUAAAGCAAUUCCUGUGCGUUUUUAGGACUUUCCAGUCUCAUUUAGAAAGUUUAAUGUCAAGCGAAAAUCAACUGUGUUCACGUCGAAGUUCACUAUCCCAAACUCCAAUAGAUGAUGAAAUGACAGGCGCAGCAUCCGCUGAAAAUAAUCGCAUAACAGCAUCGAUGAUAAUGGAACGAGUAAACUCGCUUGUAAAUAUUGGUCGCAAUUCAAGCAGCGAAACAUCGAGUGGUCUAAACAGCCCUUCAUCAUGUUCACAUUCGGAACAUGUUGAUGAGUGCUCCAUUUGUUUAGACCGAUUAACGGAAGUAAUACUGCCUUGUACGCAUAGUUUUUGCACACCGUGUAUUGAACAAUGGAAUGUCAAUAAUAAAACGUGUCCUAUAUGCAGUGAGGCUCUUGAGAGCACAGAUGAAACGUGGAUUAUGCCAGAUAUUCCAGGGGUGGAAGAGAUAAAUGAAAAAAUUUGCUCUGAAUUUAUGAGCUUAGCAAAAAAGUAAACAAAUUGUUAUAUCUUGUAUUUUGUUGGUAAGAAGGACAUGUACAUUGUGUAAUAAUAAGGAAAUGAAAAAGUUUCCAUUUAGAACUAUUCGAAUUAUCGGCUUCUUUUAACGUUCCUUAUUAAAAAUCUUUAAUAAGCACAUCUUAAUCAUUGAUUCAUAUUUUUUUGCUUAAUCCAAUUUCACAACCUUUAACAUACGUUGUACAUAUGUAUAUGUCCAAUCAUACCUCAGUGCAUUCCAAUCAAAUUAUUCAUAUGUGUGUAAAAAUACUCCUUUGUUAUGAAUAUAAUAAUUUAGUUUUAAUUGUUGGAUGAUCAUUUACAUGUUUAAGACUAAUUAUAUUAACUAUUAAUUAAAUAGACGACUUUUCUUGUUGGAACAAUAAAUAAGUUAUUGCGAGACAUACAUUAUAAUAUAAACAUGAAAUCUAAAUCUAUAAUUACACGUUUGUAAAAUUACAUAUUUAUUAAAUUUGUAAACAGUUUAUCAAUUA